AUGACCCAGCAGACACUGAUCAUUCGAGAGCGUCCGCCUAUUAUACGUGCCCUCAAUAACAACCUUGGGGAAGAGCUGAGCUUUCACGCUUUUGACUACUACAGAGGGCAUGUCUCUCACCAAGUGGGGGACACGGUAGACAGCGACUUCUGGGGUAAUCUGGUGUUACGACUUGCACCCACAGAUCCUGCGAUACGGCAUGCCAUCUCAGCGAUCAGUCUGAUGUACGCUGAAAAGACAAAGGAUACAAGAGACCCUUUUCCAAACUACAGGCCCGCCAUCGUCGAAUACAACAAAGCCAUCUCCGCCGUUCGGUCAUGGCCGUUAGCGACAGAAUCAAGAGUGAAGCCUCUACUCGUAUGCUUACUAUUCGUCUGUAUUGAGUUCAUGCUAGGCCAUGAGCACCAAAACGCCGCCAAGAUGCACAUCCUCCAAGGACGGAGGCUCCUUGCAAACAUUCAGGACCGCAAAACACCGGAAACAGACAUCAUUCGACAAUACUUAGCCCCGAUAUACUUACGGCUCGCAUAUGUCGGCAAUGAUAGGGUUAACUUCCCAAGGCAUCUUUUACAAAUGACGACGGCGCCGCUCAAGUUCGCUUCUCUGGCUGACGCACGGUGUGUCUUGUAUUACCUCGUCGAUAUCGGAUUCACUCUUAUCUAUGAUGUCAAGUCGUAUCGCUCAAACGGUGUCAGUGAAUCUCCGAAUACUGAGGGAGAAGCAUUGCAGUCAAGAUACAAACACAUCGCCCAUGACCUGGCCAACUGGCGUCACGCAUUUGAAGCGUACCUUGCGUUCAGUGAUCUCGAUAGACCAGAUACAAGAACCGCAAAGCUUCUCACACAGAGGCACUGUCUCAUGCUAGUAUUCCUAGACUCAAUGGUCUCGGGGUCAGACUAUGUCUGCGAUAGGAACAGCUUAUCCGAGUUUUCCAUUGCUGCUGACUGUGCAACUUUCACGGUCAAGUACGACAAUGAGAUCAUGCAAGGCCCAUCAUUCACUUUUGAAAGCGAGGUUGUUGGACCUGUUUAUUGGAUAGCUGCCAAGUGUCGACAACCAGCUAUUCGGAGGAGAGCACUCGAGCUCCUCUACGAGCGAGAAAAAGCGAACCGUGUGGAGAGUCUCACGAUCGUAAAGCAUACCAUUGCCAUGGCGAAAAGAGUCAUCGAGAUCGAGGAGGAGGGACUUGAGAUACCAAAAGGCACUAGACCUAUCCAAGAUUACCCCAACAAGUAUGAAGUUCUCUUGAGAGAAGAGUCUAGCGAAUGGGCUGAGGGCUUUCUUACAGAUCAAAAAGAACAGUGGCCUGUGCUGUGGGAUCUCGGGAGCCAUUGCUCAGACAUUCCAACGAAACUGACUGGGAUUGCUGCUGCGAGGGAGCAGAAGGAACUUUCUGAGGGACUAGCUAAAGGCUGGCCUAGAGAGAGGCUCGUCUGGCCAUAUGGAAUUACUAGAGAGCGGAGAGUGUUGAGUGUUGUCGUCAAAAAACAUACUGCCAAUGAUCUCUGGCUGGAGUAUGUGAGGGAGCCCUUGACGGCUGGUGGGGACUAUCGAGUAAUGAAAGAGCAUAUACAGUUUAUAUAA